AGUGUAUGUCACUUUUUCAUGGAGCCAACUUCAGAAUGACUUUCUGACACUCUUUCAAAUCUUGCACAUGUCUGCAUAUAGUAUUACUUUCCUUUAUAUAUGUAAAUGUAAAGUAUAGUGUGUAUGUGUACGUGUACACCGUACACUUUACUAUUUUCAAAACCAAACUGAAAUGUAAGGAAAUGUAUUAACAUAUAGAGGGCGAUACCUUCUUUUAGAAGAAAGCCUGAAAUAAAGAAGAAGAAGAAGAAGAAGAAAUAAAUCAUCGCUGAAAAGAGGAAAUAAUGGCUGUCAAUGUAUAUUCGACAAAUGUGACAACAGAGAAUCUUUCUCGCCAUGAUAUGCUCUCUUGGGUUAAUGAUUGUCUCAAUGCUCAAUUCACCAAGAUCGAAGAGCUCUGUACCGGAGCUGCCUACUGUCAAUACAUGGAUAUGCUGUUUCCCGGCUCAGUUCCCAUGAAGCGGGUGAAAUUUCGCACAAAUCUCGAACACGAAUACAUCCAGAAUUUCAAAAUCCUUCAGGCCGCCUUCAAGAAAAUGAGUGUGGACAAGAUAAUCCCAAUCGAUAGAUUAGUUAAGGGUCGUUUCCAAGAUAAUUUUGAAUUUUUGCAAUGGUUCAAAAAAUUUUUCGAUGCAAAUUACGAUGGGAAAGAUUACAAUGCACUGUUGGCACGCGAAAAUAUGCCGAUGGGAAUGGGAUCGGCGGCCUCAUCCAAGAGCGCCCUUGCCGGUCCGAAGAGAACCAUUCCCGCGGUGGCCAUAGCUCCGCGCGUUGCGGCGAAACCCAUUUCCAAAGCAACAUCGAGACCAGCCGCUGCUCCAGGACAUCGUGCUUCGAAUGCGACACCCCCAAAGAAACAGGAUUCCAUUGGGAACCAUCAAGGCACGACGGUGACGAACCAGCAAAUGGAGGAACUUACAAAUCAAGUCAUGGACAUGAGAAUCAAUUUGGAAGGUCUGGAGAAAGAGAGAGACUUCUAUUUUGCGAAAUUGCGAGAUAUUGAAAUUCUAUGUCAAGAUGCCGAUGAGACGGAACCACAACCAAUUGUACAAAAAAUCCUGGACAUUCUCUAUGCGACUGAGGAUGGUUUUGCUCCUCCGGAUGAAUUAACUCCCCCGGAUCAGGAAGAAUAUUAAAAUUAACGAAAAAAAAGUCUAAGGGAGAUCAUAGAGUAACGUGGUUGUCUGUUUAAUCGCCAGCAUAAAAAUCCCCUUGAGCUCCAUUGUACGGUUUGUUUUCUAAUCCUCUUAAAUUUGUGUCAGGCCUCAAGAAAUAGUAUUGUCAAAAAAAAAAAACAAAAACAAGAAAAGAAAUAUACAUCUCGAGAGGCAAAAAUGUGCAACAAAUUUGUCUUGAUAAAUUUAUUUAAAAAAAAGUGAAGAAAUGAAUUUUGUUUAAUAAAAAAAUUACUUGAUUUGUAAAUUAAAGCAUAAAAAAUAAGACCUCUUGAAAUCAACCACAUAUUGCGAGUGUCAUUUUUUUUAUUUUGGGAGGAAAACACACAUUUUAUAGGCCAUUAUGUAAACUCUAGUAAUCUUUACAUUAAUUUUUCAUUCAUGAUAUUUUUUUUGUUUUGUGUAUCAAAUAAGCUCUUGAAGACAUCUUUAAAGUAUUUUCUUUCUGUCAUAUCUUUUUUCAUUAUAUCGUUCAUGAAUAUGAAAAAUGUAACUUGAGACUUUGUUUUUUCUCAUUUUUCUUUUUUAGUAAACAUUAAAAUUCCAUUUAGUAUGUAUAUGAAACUUUUUUAUUGUCCAAAUUUUUGUGCUAAUGGGAUUGUUUUGAUUUUAGAUGAGAAAUAACUUUUUUUUUUAAAGAAUGUAUGAGAAAAGGAAAAUAACUCUUAAAUAUCAGUUCCUUAUCAAUCAAACAAAAAUGACAAAAAUAUCAACACUCGAACAGAAUUUACUCUAUUUUUUUUCGCACGUAGACUUGAAAAUUGCACAGAGUGUUGCGCAAAAAAGAACAAUAUCAUAGUCUUAUGAGCGAUUUUGGGUAGAAAGAAAAUGAAUUGUCGACAAUAGAUGACAUUACGUUGCAAUAGUUGUAUAAAGUCAGCUCUUUAGUGAGAAAAAUAAACCACUAGAGACUAAUAUAAGGUGAACGUAAAAUCGCUAAAAGUAUUAGGGAAAAGCAAUUUUUGCCAUACAUCUAUAUUUUUGUUUGUGGUUCUUGGCGUGGGAGCGAUUUUACAGAGUACAGCGGUGUGUCUCUUAGAGAGACAUCGCUGUAGAUUUUUGCAGAAGUUUGUGUUUGACUUAUUGUCUUCAUUUUUUGCUGGGUUAAAUUGUCUGAAAUGUGAGGUUAUGCUUGUUCCAACCUCAAAUCUCAAUUUUUGUAAAUUAGUAAUUUUAAAAGUUAAUAAAAUAAUUUGAAGUACUUAUAAUAGAUCAGAUCUUUUUUUUCAGCAUAAAUUAGUGAUAAAAGUUGAAUUUAAAUGCAAAAUCUAACGAAAUUUGUAAAUACAAUAAGUACUUUUCGGCUUUUAAGGUUACGUUUAACAUGAUCUGUAAAUUGUUAACUAACUUCUUGAGCAAAUAAGAGCAUCGGGUCCAGUAACCACGAAUGAAUUCUGAAGCUGGAACUUAAUAUAUGCAAAAUCAAAAUUUUGGUGCAUUUAAUUAAAAAAGAACAAAAUAUAUUAAUUGUUAAUACACAAGAUUCCGGCAUUAUGCACAGUUUUGGGGCCAAAAAAAAAACGCGCGAAAUUGCAUCAUGCAUCGAGAAAAUUUGCAUACCUGCAGGGGCUUUCUUUUGAAUAAAUCUGCCGUAGAACGAAUUUCGCGCGGAGUAAAAGUAGUUCAAAAAAAAAAGAUUCAACUAUUUAAUAGAAAUGCAUUAACAAACAGUACUUUUUGACCACAGUUCUUCAAUACAUGGUUAGAAUAUUUAAAAAAAAAAUACCUUUAAAGGAAAAUAAAGUUUUAUUCUGAAAAAGUAGCAAAAUGUUUUCAAAUUUCCCGCCUCGCAACAUAGUAUACAUUUAGGCGUAGUUCAAAAAUGAUUUCAUAAAUUGACUCCCAAUGGUAGGUAAACUUGCAUAAUUGUAUUUGCAUAAUUCCGUCAGGUGCAUAAUCCCGAAGGACUUAAUGCCGGGACUGAAUGUAUCAAAAUAACAAAAAAAUCGAAGAUUUCAGGGAAUAUAUGUUUUUUUAUGCAUCAAAAUUUUCAAAGGUUUUACACCCAAAAUCAUCUGCUUUUAAGAUUAAGUAGAUAGUAGAUUAUACACAAUACAUAACCUCACAUUCAGCACAGAAUAACCUUUAGAUCAAGUAAAAGAAUAAAUGAAGAUAACGAGUGUUAUAUUUAUAUAAUCACUGCUUAAAUCAUGCUUAGGCUUUCCAGCAUAUAUUUCAAUCAAACCUUAUGAUUAUUGCGACUUAAAAAAUAUAUUUUCAUUAGCAAAAGUCGAAAGACUUUAUAGGGUAUGUGUGCCAAAUUUCGGCAUAGUUGCAUGCAAGCGUCAAAGUCUUAAGUUUGAAAUGUAAUAUUUUAAAUUCAAAUUGAUUUUUUUAUUCUUUCUUCUGAAAGUGUCUUGCUUGGAACCUUGUAAAGAGUUUACCGUCUUUAUUUAUUCUAAAAUCCUUCUUAAUACAUUUUAAAAUGAACAAAAAUAUAGACAUAGCUUUAAUGCCCUAUUUCGGCCACCUUCAUUCUCAUAGUUCCUUGACUUCGGGAAUUCUUCAAAUAUCUUUUUCACGUCCUCUCGUUUGUCGAAUCUACAUUUUUAGUACGUAAAAUCUAAAAGUUCAUGGAAAUUCGAGGAACAAAAAGGUGGCCGAAAUUGUAAGCUGGCCGGAAUUUGGCACACUUACCCUAGUUCAUUUGCAGAAUUCUUACAUUUUUCGCACAAAUGUCAUUAAUCAAUAAUAUUUUUCAACUGAUAUUGCUAGUGAUAAAUUAAGUGAAAAUGGACGUGACUAGUUUUAAAGGAGUUGUAGCAAGAAUACUUUGAAAAUGGCUCCCCAAGAUCUACAACAUAAUGCUAAUUAAAAAUAAGAUUUGCCGACGUGUCAACAAUGCAAUGUCGACAAGUGAUGUGUCAACAAUCGCUCAAGUGUGCGUUUUUUUUUAUGUAGAAGAAGAAAGUCUUGAAGAAAUGAAGAUGAAAAGAAAAAUAAACACUUAAAUUACUCAUUUUUAUAUUAGAAGGAAAGAAAAAAAACUAUGAAUUUAGACAUGCAUUAAUUUUACACUCUAUUUCCCCGCUCCAUCAAGAUUUUAUAUAUAUUUUAGGUAGUUUUCUCUUAAUCUUCUAUUAUUUUUUUGUACCCAACAAUUUGCAAUAUUGAGCGAGUCAAGAGUCUUCACUGAAUCUUCUGUCAUGCAUUUCUCAUAUAUUUUUUUCCAAUUUAAUUUAUUAACUCAGAAUGAAGACUGGUGAAGACGGUGGAUCAAAAAGAAUUGGUGAAUGGUUUACAAGUUAAAAAAAAUUAGUGGACGAAAAGAAAUGCAGAAUUAACAAAAUGUGCGGAGAAAAAAAAUCAAUGGAUAAAGUUGUAUUUGAAAGAGAUAUCUUGCUAAUUUUUUAAAUGCUACUAUAUUGCAAUUGUAUAAAAUAUUACAAUUUAUUAAAUUAUUAUGUAAUACUG